AGCGCUGGGGCCGGAGGAUCCUCCUACCAGUGACACAGCCCGGAAACUGGAAAACCCUGUGUGACAUGGGCUCCGGGACUGGGACCGGCGGCGUAUAGACAGAUGGGCGCGGGGACUGGCGGGACUGAGCAGAGCAGGAUCCCGGGCGGACGUUACCGUAAGUAUUGAAUUCCUUCCUUCUGUAUCAUGGAUGACUCCCUUGUUCGAGAGAACAUUGGCCUGAUGCCAUACCUGGUGGCUGCAUCUCAGAUCCUAGGGGUGGCGGCACUAGCCAUUACAGGAACUUGGCUAUCGCAGUACAGAGGCGGAUUUUCCUGGGAUGGCACCGAGCAAUUUAAUGUCCACCCCCUUUGCAUGGUGCUGGGAAUGGUCUUCUUGUGCGGUGAUGCACUGCUGGUGUUUCGAGUUUUCAGACAUGAAACCAAAAAAGCAACCAAGAUUCUGCAUGGCGUGUUGCAUAUUCUGGCGCUGAUCAUAUCUCUUGUAGGAAUCAUCGCUGUAUUCCAGUACCACAAGAAGAAAAACAUCAAUGACAUGUACAGUCUGCACAGCUGGCUGGGCAUUACCACAUUCACACUCUACUUCCUGCAGUGGAUCCUUGGCUUUGUUAUGUUCUUUUUGCCUGGUGUGGGUUUUGCAUACAAGAAUCGCUUUAAGCCGAUACAUGUCUUCCUGGGUUUAAGUCUACUGGUGAGCACCAUUGCCACAUGCUUGCUUGGCCUCACAGAGAAAAUGCUGUUUUCAUUACCGGACGACUACGCCAAGCUACCUGCAGAAGGUGUCCUCGUAAACUCAUUGGGACUGCUUCUUGUGGCAUUUGGACUGGUAAUUGCCUAUAUCGUUACACGAGAAGAAUGGAGGCGACCGCUAUUGCCAGAGGAGCAGGCUCUAUCCAUUGACUUCAGAACUCUAACACAGGGGGAGAGCCCAACAGAACCGUAAUAUAUUGUGAGCUAUUGUUUAGCAGUGCUUGUGAUUGUAACUCGUGAUACUUGCUGUUUUGGAAGGCUUCGUCUAAGACUUUUUUUCGUGUAGUUU